AUGGGCCCACUCACACUAUACACUGGUGGUGGGCCCACUCACACUAUACACUGGUACUCUAGCAAGGGUGUGGCAGACCCUCAGCCUUCCUCUAGCAAGGGUGUGGCAGGCCCUCAGCCUACCUCUAGCAAGGGUGUGGCAGGCCCUCAGCCUUCCUCUAGCAAGGGUGUGGCAGACCCUCAGCCUUCCUCUAGCAAGGGUGUGGCAGGCCCUCAGCCUACCUCUAGCAAGGGUGUGGCAGGCCCUCAGCCUUCCUCUAGCAAGGGUGUGGCAGACCCUCAGCCAUCCUCUAGCAAGGGUGUGGCAGACCCUCAGCCUUCCUCUAGCAAGGGUGUGGCAGGCCCUCAGCCUACCUCUAGCAAGGGUGUGGCAGGCCCUCAGCCUACCUCUAGCAAGGGUGUGGCAGGCCCUCAGCCUUCCUCUAGCAAGGGUGUGGCAGACCCUCAGCCUUCCUCUAGCAAGGGUGUGGCAGGCCCUCAGCCUACCUCUAGCAAGGGUGUGGCAGGCCCUCAGCCUACCUCUAGCAAGGGUGUGGCAGGCCCUCAGCCUACCUCUAGCAAGGGUGUGGCAGGCCCUCAGCCUACCUUUAGCAAGGGUGUGGCAGGCCCUCAUCCUACCUCUAGCAAGGGUGUGGCAGGCCCUCAGCCUACCUCUAGCAAGGGUGUGGCAGGCCCUCAGCCUACCUCUAGCAAGGGUGUGGCAGGCCCUCAGCCUACCUCUAGCAAGGGUGUGGCAGGCCCUCAGCCUACCUCUAGCAAGGAACGUUUAUAA